AUCAAUCUUGUGGUGGGCUGCACAGGUUCCAUCGCCGCCAUCAAGGUGCCUGAGCUCGUGCGCAAGCUACAUGCCACUGGAAAGUUCAAUAUCAUCCUGCUCCCUUCCAAUGACUCGCUUCAUUUCUUCAAUCUGCAAGAUUCAAAAUCUCCAAAUGCGCUGAUUAAUACACUCGAUAGUGGCUUACAAGGCGUCACUGUGUUCAAGGAUGAAGACGAAUAUCGCUUUUGGCGUAGUCGAGAGGAUCCCGUCCUGCACAUUGAGAUUCGUCGAUGGGCUGAUAUCCUGCUGAUCGCACCCUUGAGCGCAGAUACGCUUGCAAAGAUCAAUAGUGGGCGAUGUGAUACAUUGCUGCUUGAAGUACUGCGUGCCUGGGACUACACUCAGCUCUCAGAACCUACACCAGCUAUGCAUCACACGAAGACGCAUGCAACGCAGACUUUUAAACAAAGCAACACGAUACAGGGAAAGAAACUUAUUGCCUGUCCUGCUAUGAACACGCAUAUGUUCACACACCCACUCACUGCCGGCCACUUGCAAUUUCUUCAAGAGACGCUGCGUUUCGAGCUGCUUGGACCGAUUGAGAAGAGACUGGCUUGUGGCGAUCUCGGUACAGGAGGUAUGGGUGAGGUGAACACCAUUGUA